AUGCGCGUGCUGUGUUUGGCGCUGAUGGCGACAGCCACUGUUCUAGUACCGAGUCCUGCGUCCGGUUUGACCACGACUGUGGCUGACACGGCCCAGACGGCAACCAGCAUUCUAACUCCUGUUCUAGCUGGGGAGCCGAACAAACACGUUGCAACGCGAUCUUUGAGAACGCAUCCGAUAGACGACAGCGACGAUGGCGAAGAGCGACUGCUUAAUGGUAUGACAGAUUUUUUCAAGUACCACGCUGGAAAGAU